CCAGCACGCUCGGCCAUCACUACAGCCUCACGCUUCCCUCCAGCUCCAGCUACGAUGCAAGCAGAACCGGGCCAUCACCAGGCAAGCGAGCCGCCUAGCCUCACAAGAAAAGCUGCGGGAGUUCCGGGAGCGGAGGACGCGGGACACUGAGAGCCCGCGGGGGACGGGUGUGGCACUAACUCGGCUGCCUGCCGGGGCAGCGCAGACGCAGAGACCAGGGGACCGGCUCGCCUUUCCGCUCCCCGCCCCGCGACCCCGACACCACGCCUGCUACAGGCUGGAGCCGCGCGGGAGCUCCGUGUGGGGCCCUACGCACCUGCCGCGGAAGACACCGGAAGCCAGACUGCCUCGGAGGUCCGCAGCUCGUCAGUGUCUGAGCUGCGGGGAGAGGAGGACGCUCCAGCCCAGCAGACUUCCUUUAAACACCUGUGAGGAAGAAGCCCGGGCCGCCUUGGGCGUAACACCGCCGUCGCCCCGCCCCUUCCGGUAGCCACCGUAGCUGCUUCCGGUGGCGCGUCUGGCAUGCUCCCGGCUCGAGCGUCCCCUGGCGCGUUCCUGCUCCUCCGCCGGGACCCCUGAGUCCUUUCUGUCUCCAGCAAGCGCGCAAAGACCCCGCCGCGGACAGGAGAGCGACCCCCGAGAACGAGAUGUGCUGCGAGAAGUGGAACCACGUGGCCGAAAUGCUGCUCUUCAUUGAAGACCGCGACGAGGAGUACAAGAUCCUUUGCCUCUGCUCCCGGGCAUUUGUGGAGGAUCGAAAAUUGUACAACUUGGGGUUAAAAGGCUACUAUGUCAAAAGCAGUGACAAUAAUGGAGGAGACCAAGCUACAGAAGAGGAGGAAGAUGAUGGCCCCGCAGAUUCACACAGCAAAGAUGCGAGCCCAGAUGAAAGUGAACUUGAUUCUGAGGCCAAACUCAUGAGAAGUAUGGGAUUGCCAAUUCAAUUUGGAAGAGUGUCUGCACAUGAAAGUUUUGAGGUGUCUAUGAAUACUAGAAAUAAAGCUAAAGUAAAGCAAAAGAGAAGAAAACACCAAAAGAAGUAUUUAGAUGAAAUGGUACGAGAAUCUUGGGGAAAUGACUAUGAAGAAGAUGAUGUUGUAGUUUCAGAUGAUCCAUCAGUUAAACACUGCGAAAAUAACGGAACAUCUGAAUUUCCAAGCAAAACUGAAACAGAAGAUCUUCCUGUUGAAAAUCCACUAUCACCAAAGCUAGAGGUCACAGAGAAUUGGGAAAAGUAUUGGAGUGAAUAUGGAGAAGGGCUGUUGUGGCAAAGCUGGCAGGAAAAACAUCCAGAUCAGACACUGUCUUCUGAGCCUUGGAACCUUCCUGAUACAAAGGAAGAAUGGGAGCAACAUUAUAGUCAGCUUUAUUGGUAUUAUCUGGAACAGUUUCGGUAUUGGGAAGCUCAGGGUUGGACUUUUGCUGCCUCACAGAACUGUGGUAUAGAAGCGUAUGCAUCUCAAACAGAGGUUGACAAAAAGGAUGAGAGCAGCAUGAAAAUAGAUUUAAUGUCUCGUUCAUCUUCACCUAACACAGUUGAUGAUGAAGGCUCUGGUUCAAAUGGUAAAGAUCAUAAUGAAAUACUUACUGGAAUUAAGAACAUAGUUCUGAGUUCGGAGGAAGUAGAACAGAGCCACUUGGAGUCCUCUGUCCACUGUGACGAGCAGCUGAGUGAGAGUGGCGGUGGCAAAGAGUGUCCGGCCUCUGCAGGAAGUGACCCUGGUAAUGGAACACCCAAGGAAAGUAACAUAUCUGGGAACAGAAGCACAGACCAGCCAGCUCAAGAGUUGAAGGAGUCUUCAGGAACAAAUACAAGCAAAGAUGAAGCAUACCCUGACAGGGCUGAUGGAAAUGAGAGUGAUGAUGAUCCACCUGAGCACAAGCCCAGCAAAGUGAAGAGAAGCCAUGAAUUGGACAUCGAUGAAAACCCAAAUUCAGAAGUUGAUGACAAUGGUUUACUUCUAGGAUUCAAGCAUGGCUCAGGACAAAAGUAUGGUGGAAUUCCAAAUUUCAGUCAUCGACAGGUCAGGUAUCUAGAGAAGAAUGUGAAAUACAAGUCACAGUACCUGGAUAUGCGCAAGCGAAUGACUGUGAAGAACAAGCACAUCCUCUUCACCGAAGAGUCAGGAAAACCUCUUCUUAAGAAAAGUAAAGUACGGAGUAAGGUGGAAAAAUUCCUAAAAUGGGUUAAUAAACCAGUAGAUGAGGAGACAUCACAGGAGUCACUUUGUCACAACAAAAUGCAAGACACUUGCACAAGCAGUGACUCUGAGGAGCAAGACAUGCCCUUGGAGAAAGCUGAUGACCUGAUGGAGACCAGAGAUCCAGAACCUGACACAUGCCAGACCAUCUCUUCAGCCAGUGAACUUGAAGCAGAAAAGAGGCAAGGAGGUUCCGGAACAACUGCUCCCGAGAAGCAGGGUUGUGUAACUGAAGAGAUAGCUAACUAUCCCCAAGCAGAAACAGGAGUUGAAUUGAAGAAGAAAAAGAAGAAAAAAAACAAGAACAAAAAAAUAAAUGGUCUGCCACCUGAAAUAGCCUCUGUCCCAGAGCUGGCAAAGUACUGGGCCCAGAGGUACAGGCUCUUCUCUCGCUUUGAUGAUGGGAUCAAGUUGGACAAAGAGGGCUGGUUUUCAGUUACUCCUGAGAAGAUUGCUGAGCAUAUUGCUGGCCGUGUCAGUCAGUCCUUCAAAUGUGACAUUGUAGUAGAUGCUUUCUGUGGAGUUGGAGGAAAUACCAUUCAGUUUGCCUUAACAGGGAAAAGAGUGAUUGCCAUUGAUAUUGACCCUGUUAAGAUUGAUCUUGCUCGUAAUAAUGCUGAAGUUUAUGGGGUAGCAGAUAAGAUAGAGUUUAUCUGUGGAGAUUUCCUGCUCUUGGCUCCCUGUGUGAAGGCUGAUGUUGUGUUCCUAAGCCCACCUUGGGGGGGACCAGAUUAUGCCACUACAGAGACCUUCGACAUAAGGACAAUGAUGUUUCCUGAUGGCUUUGAAAUUUUCAGGCUUUCCCAGAAGAUCACUAAUAAUAUUGUUUAUUUUCUUCCAAGAAAUGCUGAUAUUGACCAGGUGGCAUCCUUGGCUGGGCCUGGAGGGCAAGUAGAAAUAGAACAGAACUUUCUUAACAACAAAUUAAAGACAAUCACUGCAUAUUUUGGUGACCUGAUCAGAAGACCAGCCUCUGAGGCAGAAGUGUGAGGACAGCAAGAUCAUGAAGAGUGAGAGUGGCGUGUGAACACGGGAUACUUGGGAAGGUCUUCUGGGCUCCUGACAGUGUGUGCAUGUGUGAUAUGGAAACCUUUGUGAGUUUCAAUGAAGGCUAAUGAUGUGGUUGGAGAUCUUCAGGUAAUAUUAACUGAACUGUUCUGUACUUUAAAACAGCAUCAGGGCCAGGUGGUGGCAGGUACCUAUUAUAAUCCUAGCACUUCAGAGGUUC